UCGAAACAUACUUGAUAAGCAGAAAUUCUGAAAAUUGCUGAUUGUCACUUAGAAUUUAUCUACAAAUCUCGAAAUGUUCACGUUGUCAAGUGUAUUUGCGCAUGUUAUAGGGAAAUAUAAGAUACCGUCAACAGCUGCAUUCGGAUGUCCAAAGGAUGUGUCCUACCAGAAUUCUGGUCAGCUGCUGGAGAUGGCAAAGUCUAUCAUACCACCACUGUCAAAUGACCAGCACAAGGGCAUGAUGGGAAGGAUAGGGGUGGUUGGAGGAUGUCAAGAGUACAGUGGAGCACCCUACUUUGCAGCUAUUUCUUCUCUUAAAAUGGGAGCUGACCUGUCCCAUGUGUUCUGUACAGAGGGCUCAGCUAAUGUGAUCAAGUCAUACAGUCCAGAACUCAUCGUACACCCCAUACUGGAUUCUGAAGAUGUGAUGACUCAAAUGGAGGAAUGGUUACCACGACUUCAUGCCAUUGUCCUUGGUCCAGGGUUGGGCAGAUCCUCUAAGAGUAUCAGAAAUGCAACGGCAAUCGUUGAGAAGGCUAAGGAGAGAGACAUUCCACUGGUUAUAGAUGCUGACGGUCUGUACCUACUAAAGGAUAACCCUGGCAUCAUAUUUGAAUACACUAAAGCUAUCCUCACUCCCAACGUGGUGGAAUUCAACAGACUCUAUGAACAAGUUAUGGAUGGCGAAAAGCAACAGGAAAAUGAACCACUUCUCAAUGCAAAGAUGCUCAGUAAGAGGCUAGGUCAUGUGACCAUCGUACAGAAGGGGGAGAAUGAUAUCAUCACAGACGGAAAAUAUGUAUUGGUGUGUGGUGCAGAAGGCAGUCCCAGGAGGUGUGGAGGUCAAGGUGACCUUUUGUCCGGUACGAUGGGAACCCUCACUCACUGGAGCCACAGCCGAGUGGACACCACCACCAAGAUUGUCAAAAGGGGAUACAAUAUGGACAGGUGUCCCCAACACAUUCCAGCUGUAGGGAGGUGUUGUCGUCGGGAGACGGGGCCCGGGGAUCGAGAUACCUUCACAUCACAGACUUACAGAGCUCUAAUCAUGCUGUUCCUCUGCCUUCCCUUCUGUGUCCACCACACAGGCCAUUUCUCUGCCUACCCUUCUGUGUCCACCUCCCAGCUGUUCCUCUAUCCACCCUUCUGUGUCCACCACCCAGGCUGUUCCUCUGCCUAUCCCUCUGUGUCCACCUCCCAGGCCAUUCCUCUGCCAACCCCUCUUGUGUCCACCACACAGGCCAUUCCUGUAUUUACCCCUCUUUGUCUACCACACAGGCUGUUCCUCUGCCUUCCCCUCUGUGUCCACCACACAGACUGUUCCUCUAUCUGCCCCUCUGUGUCCACCACCCAGGCUGUUCCUCUGCCUUCCCCUCUGUGUCCACCACUCAGGCUGUUCCUCUAUCUACCCCUCUGUGUCCACCACACAGGCUGUUCCUCUAUCUACCCCUCUGUGUCCACCACCCAGGCCAUCCCUCUGUCUACCCCUCUGUGUCCACCACACAGGCUGUUCCUCUAUCUACCCCUCUGUGUCCACCACACAGGCUGUUCCUCUAUCUACCCCUCUGUGUCCACCACCCAGGCACGACUGAUGUUGGUUGGGGGAGCCCCGUUCAUGUCGAAGAAGGAUCGCGUGCAUUAUCUGUUAUAA